CACACCAUGUGCUGCAUGUCCUCAAAAAUUACGCGAAAUUGUCUUCCGUGUAUUCUGAUGCAGUUGAACGCGAUGGAGCUGCAAGACUGGACACCCGGGACGAGUUACGAGCUUCUGAUGUACAAACUCAUCAUGUGGCCCCUCGGCAUUUGGCCGCUGAAUAAAGGGGAGAUACUCUCCAAGGUUCGUCUGCUUCUUGCUGCAUCAACUCAGGCCACCACAUUCAUCUGCCUGAGCCUAGAAAUAAUGAACAACUGUCGAGGUGUCGAAAUAGUACUGGAUCUUUUCGUAUUGAGUGUCUUCUCCCUCCUCGCCUGCAUCAAAGGCCUGAUUGUCCACCACCACAUCAACGACAUGAACGACAACCUGACGUCCGCCAUCCUGGAUUGGUCCCUGUUAUCGCGAACUGAGAAUCCAGGAAAUCGUGAAUUGAUGAUGAACUAUGCACGACUGGGUCGACUAGUGUGUUUCUCCCUGAUGAUUCCAGCCUCCAGUGGAACAUUGUCAUGGAUAAUACUUGCCCUACCCCUCCCCAUGUUCACUCCGCCGAACAGUUCCAACAUCAUCAAGAACUUUCCCCUUCAAACCGCCUGCACGUUCGACCCCAUCACCACAUCCAGAUUUUAUUACCUCAUUUUUGUCCUUCAAAUGUACCAACUGGUGACCACUUGUCUCGGCAACUGUGGCAACGAUGUCUUCUUCUUCGGACUGUCGAUGCACACCUGCGGCCAGCUGGAGAUACUCCAGAACGAUUUUGCAGACAUUGACAUUGGUCAAGAAGAGCCUGGAACAUCAAAAAAAUUGAAGGACAUGGUGAACAGACAUGUCCAUCUCAUCGAACUAGUUGACAAGUUGGAAAGCACAUUCAGCAUGAUUAUUCUGGCCCAGUUGAUCAUGAGUGCUGUCCUCAUCUGCAUCAUGGGUCUUCAGGUAAUCAUAGCGUUGAAGACUGAUGACAUGUUUGCAGCGAUAAAGGCCAACAUAGUACUCUCCUCUCUGAUGUCACAGUUGUUCUUGUACAGCUACGGUGGAGAUUGCUUGACAACUCAGACGACGUCGGUGGUACACGCCAUUUACAAGUGUUCAUGGUAUGACACGUCAUCGUUGAUGAGGAAGAACAUCGCCUUCAUCAUGAUGCGAGCUAAUAAACCAAUAUACGUAACAGCUGGAAAUUUUUUCUACAUGACCUUGAGCACAUUUAUGGAUAUUUUGAAAGCUUCCGUUUCGUACAUGUCAGUUCUUCGAAUAGCUAUUGAUGUUCAAUUUGUCUUCCUAAUUAGACUGUUGACGAAUAUCUGUUGGAAAUAUUUGUUGGAAAUGUCAGAAGACGAUUUGACAGCCAAUCGUCUGCAGACGUGGUUAUCUAUUCUUAUUCUAAGCUCUAAUGGUGCGUGUCUGAGAAGGACUUCACCUGUCAUUAUAUUCCAGAGCACGAAGAGAAAUACCUGGAAAUCAUGCAUAAAAAAUGAUAAUCGCCCUGAGCUCAGACCCUAUCGGUUUUUCGCCGAAGGGUUAUUCCUGGGUGAUCGAUGUAGGGGUACCAUAUCCACCAAAUGUACCAUGCGCGACAGCUCGAGACAGUCCACCAGAAAUCUAUUCUUCCUCUACUCACAUGUACUCACGAUUUAUGGCGUUUGGCCGCUGUCUGAUGACACUAUCUUCUUGAAAACGAGAAUCGCAUUCGCGGUGGGUCAGAUGAUAUAUUUGGCGAUAAUUGCGAUAAUCAAAAUGAUCGUUCGGUGUGGAAGCUCGGAAGACAUGGUUGACACAUUUCUAAUGCUAGUCGUCAGUAUUCUCGUCGGCUCCAAGUGCAUUUUGCUGUACGUACAUCGAAAUCAAUUGGGAUCUGUUGUUGUAUCGUCAGCGAAAGACUGGGACAUGACGAAGAGCGAGAGCUACAGAAAAAUGAUGUCGGAGCGAGCGAAUUUCUGCCAAAUUGUGACAAAAUUAUUUUACUCCCUGGGUAUGUUCGUUCUUUUAGUGUAUGUUGUCAAAGUUAUGGUGUUGGAUGUGAUUAACGUGACAGAAUCCCCAGUAAAUGGUACGGAUAUAUCGCAAAAAAAUUAUUUACUCCCUGGCGGAUGUAUAUUCGAUGGCUAUGGAAACUCCGUCUACUACUUUGUUGUGAUUAAUCAGGCGCUUCAGCUGAGCGUCACUUGCAGCAUAAAUCUUGGUGGAGAUGCCUUCUACGUGGCUAUGACUCUACAUCUGUGCGAGCAGUGUGAGAUCCUGAAGCUGAAGUUCAAGAAAUUUGGACGGUACGAUUCACUGGAGAAGAACCGGAGGCACUUGAACUGUCUCAUUGCGAGGCAUCAGGAUCUGAUGGGAAGAGCUGAGACCCUGGAAGACGUUUACAACGAAAUUAUUCUGAUGCAGAUGCUCAUGAGCGUUCUGCUGAUCAGUGUUGGAGGGUUUAGCUUCUUGGUCAGUCUCAAUGACGGAGACAUUAUUGGUGCAACGAAGAAUAUUUGCAUUAUGCAAUUUAUGCUGACCCAGAGCUACAUCUACACUUUUCCAGCGGAUGAUUUGAAGGAACAGGCGGAUGGAUUACUCUGCGCGUUGUACUCGAGCCAGUGGUGUGACAUGCCGACCAACAUCAUGAAGGACAUGGUCUUCAUGAUGAUGAGGAUCAGUGUUCCUCCAUACUACACAGCUGGAAAAUUUUUCUACAUGACGAGGCAAUCCUACAUGACAGUUGUAAAAACAGCUGCUUCUUAUCUGUCUGUUUUACGAAUAAUGAUCGAAUGAAUGUUGAU